AUGCAGAUUGUAAGACACCUAGGAAAACCUGUUGGUCGUCAGACUCCGGCGAAGCCAUCAAUCUCCGGUCGCCUGAUGGAGAAUGGUUUGAGUUAUCGGAACAAUAAUCCUGCAUCUCGGAGGCAUCAGUUUGUGCAUGCAGGAUCAGUAUCGAAGCAUCCCAGUCCAAUCAGAUCUAGUCGUUACCAAUCAGUAGUUCCAAGCGAGAGGAGGUUGAGAAAGCAUCCUGGGGAACGAGAGAUCUUGAGGAGGGCACUGUCGCCCCCAGUUCGUCAGUCGCCUAAUUCAGGGACACGUCGAUGGAAUUUCCGGCACACUCCGAGUCGCCUUUGUAACAUGUCCAUGUCUUGA